AUGAAAUAUUUAGGACCUUCAUUAAAGAAUUUUUUGCAAAGAAAAUUUUCUAGUGUUAAUGAGUUUUACAUUGAACUUAAAAAAUUUGUAGCAAUCAAUGACAAAAAUCGUAUCACUCACAAAUCAUUAUUAGAAGAUCCAUUAAAAAUGUGUAAUUUUGUUUCAGUCUUACAAAAAGAUUUAAAUAGUGUGAGGGAAUUAUUGAAACUUGUUAAUUUGGAAAAAAAUCUAUUAACUAUGGAAGUUGUUGACUCCCAAAAUAGAGUUCACAAAGCAAUAAUAAAGUUAAGUAAUUGUAAAGAACCUAUCACAGUGGUAAAUCAUGAUUUGCCUUUAAAAAAAGCAAAUAGUGAAAUAAGAAAGUUUUGUGAAAAAUUUAUUAAUCUAAUAAAAAGUUUACAAGAAUUUUGGGAUUUGGUUACUUUAAUAGAUUCAAGCUGCAUUGUUAUAGAACCAUAUAAUCCAACAUUAAAAGAUAAUUUUAGAAGAAUAAAAUUAAGUGAAACAUUUUCUGUAAGUUUUACUAUUGAUCCAGAAAAUCCUAAUGUGAUGCCAAAUUUUCAAUUUUAUGGGUGUCAAUCAGAAAUUAAUCAUCACAAGGAAAUAUUGCAAAAUUCUAUAAUUAACGACAAAUGGGAUCAAAAUGAAAACUUACUCAAAAAUAUAAGUAAAAUAUUAUGUACAAAAAUUCCAAACAAAAUGUCAAGUGACAAUAAUGAUUUGUGCAAGCUUGUUCGAGAUGGUGAAUGUGCAAUAUGUUUCACUACAUUAUUAGAAAAUGAAUUACCAAAUGAAGUUUGUGAAUCUCAUAAGUGUAAAUCUUUAUAUCAUUCAAAAUGUUUAAAAACAUAUUUAUGUUCUCUUCCUAAUGUCAGGGAAUCUUUUGGAAAAAUAAUAGGACUCUGUCCUAACUGUGAUAAUGUAAUAUUUUGUUCUCUGUAA